AUGAAUCACGGGAGGAACUGCUCACAGACUUGGAGACAAGAGUCUGCAGCGGCUGGGACAAAUAGGAAAUGCCCUUUCCAUGCGCCUUCCCCCUUGGCUGGGCUUCCCCUCUGUUUGCCCCGCUCGGCUUUCCGCCCCUCUCCCAGGCUCGCCCUGCGCCCGCCUCCCUCGCUGGGUAAACAGAGCCGCGCAGUGGCUGCUGCCGCCGCCGCCGCCAGAGCCCCGGAGCCCCGGAGCCCCGGCGCUGGAAAUGAUACCGCUUUCCUUAGGACUGGUGCUUCCUCCGCCCGGCGACAGUGGAAAGUUCAGACGCGGGCCUGGACAAUUGGGCGGGGGAGGGGAACCAGACAAGUAAAAGGACAAGUCGUUCUCAGUGCUAGCCGAGCCAAAGACAUUUCUCAACAUCUCUGCCCGCCCUCGCCGCCGCCGACCCCACCAUCCGAGCGCCCCAAAGGCGCUGAUGGGAAGGACCGCCCUUGCAGAAUUCAAGCACUCAACAAAUACGGACUGAGCUCCUACUGGGUGUCUCUGAGGCCUGUACUGGGAGCUGGAGGAGACACGGACCAGAGAAAGCAUUUCCCUCGGGAUGAUGCCUCUUUUUACUAUGGGACCUUCCCCCCUGGCUUCUCAUGGGGUGUUGGAAGCUCAGCCUACCAGACCGAAGGGGCCUGGGACCAAGAUGGGAAAGGCCCAAGCAUAUGGGACACCUUUACUCAUCGCCAAAAGGGGAGGGUUUUCAUGAACCAGACAGCUGAUUCAUCUUGUGAAAGCUACUACAAAACCCAAGAUGAUAUCAAAUUAUUGAAAGAGUUGAAUGUUAGUCACUAUCGAAUUUCUAUAUCCUGGCCUCGGUUGAUACCCACAGGGGUCAAAGCAGACUAUGUGAACGGCAAGGGCGUCAAGUUCUACAGUGAUUUCAUUAACACUCUUUUGGAAAAUGACAUCACACCUAUUGUGACCCUCUACCACUGGGAUCUUCCACAGAUGCUUCAGGUGAAAUUUGGAGGUUGGCAGAAUGUAAGCAUGGUCACCUACUUCAAUGAUUAUGCCAAUCUAUGCUUUGAAAAGUUUGGGGACCAGGUAAAGCAUUGGAUAACUUUCAGUGAUCCUUGGUCAGUUGCAAAGGAAGGCUAUGAGACAGGGCGACAUGCACCUGGACUGAAGCUCAGAGGUACUGGGGCAUACACAGCAGCGCACCAUAUCAUUAAGUCCCAUGCAAAGGUCUGGCACUCUUACGACAAAAUCUGGCGCAAAAAACAACAAGGACUGGUGGGUAUUUCAUUAACUUGCAACUGGGGGGAGCCCGUGGACAUUACCAACCCAAAGGACAUCGAGGCUGCUGAAAGAUACAUGCAGUUCUGUUUAGGCUGGUUUGCAAACCCCAUUUGUGCAGGAGACUACCCCCAAGUUAUGAAGGACUACAUUGGCAGAAAGAGUACAGAACAAGGCCUGGGGAUGUCAAGGUUACCAGUGUUCUCGAUCCAUGAAAAAAAUUAUAUUAAAGGCACAUUUGACUUCUUGGGAUUAGGUCACUUUACUACUCGAUAUAUCACAGAGAAGAAUCACCCUGCCCGUCAAGGGCCCAGCUAUCAAAAUGAUCGUGAUAUAGCAGAAUUAGUUGACCCAAACUGGUCAGAUUUAGGCUGUAAUUGGCCACAUUUGGUGCCAUGGGGAUUUAGGAGGCUCCUCAACUUUGUUCAGACUCAAUAUGGCAAUCCUCUCGUAUACGUGACAGAAAAUGGCGUGUCUGAAAAGCUAAAUCAUAUUCAGUUGUGUGACGAGUGGAGAAUACAGUACCUCAAAGGAUACAUUAAUGAAAUGCUAAAAGCUAUAAAAGAUGGUGUUAAUGUAAAGGGAUAUACUUCCUGGUCUCUGCUUGAUAAAUUUGAAUGGGAAAAUGGAUACUCAUACAGAUAUGGAUUCUUUUAUGUUGAAUUUAACAACAGGAAUAAACCUCGAUAUCCUAAGGCUUCAGUUCAGUACUAUAAAAAUAUCAUCAGUGCAAAUGGAUUUCCUAAUCCAAUAGAGGUGGAAAGAUGGUACAGCAUAGCCACUGAAACCUGUUCUACCACCAACCAGAUCCUUGCUGCAGAGCCCUUGUUACAUCACAUGCAAAUGGUUACAGAGAUUGUGGUGCCUACAGUCUGCACACUAUGCAUACUUCUAAGUGCAGUUCUACUGACGUUCCUUCUUCGGAGGCAAAGCUAAGAAAAGGUUACUUAUAAAAGGUU